CUCACCCGCGCUCGGAGGAGCGCCGGGCCACGCCGGCCCCAGCGGGCGCCCGCUCGGGCUGCCGCCGCGUGUGCCACGCUCUUCCAGGGCCGGCCCUGGCACUUUUAGCGUGCUCUAGACAUGCAGUGUGCGGUUGUGCUCAAAAAAAAGCCCCGCCCGGCUGGGCCGCGGGCCGUGUACAGCCUCCUCGACGAAGGAAUACUGCACACAUGUAAACUUUCGGAGGUCGCCGCGGAUGUCUUGGAGCCGCGCUGGGCUCCCCCUGGCGCGCCGAGCUCUGACAGAGCAAGGCUACUGCUCCUGGCGCUGUUUCUUCUUCUGUCCAACUCAUGCCUUGGUCGCUCUUGGGGCGCCUCCCAUUUAUCAAGUUUAUCAAGCUCUCUCGCCCUGCGGCCGGCCCGCGCGGCGCUCCCGAGCCUGCCCGGCGGGCCCUCCGUUUCUAGGGUCGACGCUGUGGCGCCCGGGGCGCGGCGGUGGGAGCUGGCGGCGGCGCAGCAAA